UUCUGCUCCCACUGCAUCUCCGCCCAGCCAAUUUCUUCAAUGCGCUUCGCGCCUGCAAGGUCUAGAACACAGGAAUGGGCACUACAUCAGUAAGAAGACCAACAAACUGUCGGCAUGCUCGGCAUGCUCGUGACACCGAGACUAACACUUGUAAUAACGAGCGCGCGCGCCGUGUCAACCACCGCGCCUGCCCCUGCAUCUGCGUCUCUAGCACUGUGAGUAUCGCGUGCGCCGUGGCAACUCCUGCUGGCCGGAUCCCACAGUGCACACCGCCCGAGCGACGCCAGGCCAAAAGAUCGCAGCAGCGCCCCCGCCUGCGCCGCGGGCGCGGUGCGCGCUCGCCGUCGCCACCGCUGCGGCGCAACAACUACAAAAGGAGUGCUCGAAGGAGCCUGCCCUGUCAACUCGUGACCCAUAAAAGCAGGCACGCAAGACACCUGCAAGCACAUGCGAGCCGUCAAAGUACUACACAGCAUGUGCAACGUUCGAAGAGGCGCACUGAGAUGGCAUGGUAAGCACAUGCCCAUGGGUAAUACGAGGGAUGUGGUUGCGGAACCCUUUACGCAAGAAACCUAGAAGGUGCAAUGCGCUGCGGUUCACGAUGGCCAGCGGAAUGUCCACUGUCGGUCGCGAGAGGGCAACAGCACAAAACGUACCGUGCUCAUAUGGAACAUGCCAUUCCGCUAGAUGGACCGCCCCGCGAAUAUUCGAAACACGCCUUUGCGGGAAGCGGCACGUCCAGGUGCGGCUCGCCCCGCAAAGAACAGCUGCAGAGACACAGCGAGCGUCCUACCACGAAUGGCUACUCCGUGAUCGACGAUCAGAACCGCGUCUUACGCAAAACCCUCGUGACACUGAAAGCUCGUCAUCCAGUCCUCGCGGCCUCCUUGGCUCC